AUGGCUGACACCUGCUGCACGAGGACCUGCGUGAUUGCUGCAUCCACCACAUCUGUCUGCUCUAGCAAUCUGAGCUGCGGCAGCCGGAUCUGCUCUCCCGGCGCCUGCACGGGUGCCUCCUGGCAGGUGGACAAUUGCCAGGAGAGCUAUUGUGAGCCCCCAUGCUGUGCCCCCAGCUGCUGUGCCCCAACCCCUUGCCUCCUCUGCACCCCAGUGAGCUGUGGGUCCAGCCCCUGCUGCCAGUCUGCCUGCACCAGCUGCUGCACACCCUCAUGCUGCCAGCAGUCUAGCUGCCAGCCAGCUUGCUGCACCUGCUCCCCCUGCCAACAGCCCUGUUGCGUUCCUCUCUCCUGCACACCUGUCUGUUGCACACCAAUCUGUGGAGUUUCAUCCUGCUGUCAGCCGUCCUGCUGCGUGCCUGUCUGCUGCAAGCCUGUCUGCUGCACACCCAUCUGCUGCACACCCAUCUGUUCUGGAUCCUCAUGCUGCCAGCAGUCUAGCUGCCAGCCCUCAUGCUGCCAAUCCUCCUGCUGUGUGCCUGUCUGCUGCAAACCUGUCUGCUGCAAGCCCUGCUCCAGCAUGUCCCUGCUCUGCCGCCCUGUGUGCAGACCUGCCUGCUGUGUGCCCACCUCCUCCUGCUGUGCCUCCUCCUGCCAACCCAGCUGCUGCAAGCCCUGCUCCAGUGUGUCCCUGCUCUGCCGCCCUGCCUGCUCCCGUCAGGCCUGCUGUGGCCUCUCCUCGGGCCAGAAGUCCAGCUGCUGA